UUCCCACCACUUUAGUAAGCCUUCAUCUUGCAAGCGAGGAUGACGUUUUUAUAAUCCUGCGCGUGCGCACCUCUCCUUUCACAGUUGACAACUCGUGUGACAUUGUGAUUCUGACAUUACUAAACUCAUAAACUGGUUAUAGUAAUUGACAACUCGUGCUACAUUGUGAUUCUGAGAUUUUUCUUUACACUACUAAAUUGGGUGACUUUUAGAAGCAUGGCCAAAAUUUUGUGUUGUUUUCUUUGCAUUUGUGUGUUUUCUUCGACAGCUGUACCGAGUUAUAUUGACUUUAACAAUUUGAAAGUAUACAGGGACAGUGAGCACAGUGCUAGCAAUGUUAAAAUAAUCACAAGUGCUAAAUCUCAAAAUUUAGGCUCAAAAACAGUCAAUACAAAUGACCUAGUUGUAGAUAAUGGACAAGUAAAGCAACUCUACCGGCCAAUAGAUGUAAUUAGUAAAGGGACACUUCUUGGGACACUGUCCCAGUCUCAAGAAACCAGUAGACCGAAGAGGAACACCAUUCUAAGCGGAGUCUGCCCUUACGGACAAGUCCUGAAGCCCUUUCCAUUCGGAUGUGUAACAUGUGAACAGUAUGAAGAAUGGACUGGCUUGAAAUGUUCCGAAUAACAGAGUUUCAUAAACAAAUAAGAAGAAACAGAGGACAUAAUGCAAGACGACGGAAUAACAAAGGACAGUCAACUUGUCUGAUGAUAGAAAUAAGUACUCUGGAAUCGUUUUAGUCAAAGAUGCGAUUCUUUUUUUUUUUU